AAAGUACAAGAAUAAAGGAGAUAUCUCUUGAUGACAACAAAUUGUAACAAAUUGAUAGAAAAAGCUGAAAUCAUUAAAUGAGCAUUUAGACGUCAAUAUUGUUUUCUCAUUCGUUUCAAGAGUGAAUAACAGCAUUUAAUAAACAUGGCCAAACAUCAUCCGGAUUUAAUCUUCUGUCGCAAGCAACCGGGAGUCGCCAUCGGUCGACUGUGCGAAAAAUGCGACGGCAAAUGCGUCAUUUGUGAUUCUUACGUGAGGCCGUGCACCUUGGUUAGAAUAUGCGACGAAUGCAAUUAUGGUUCUUAUCAAGGACGUUGUGUGAUAUGCGGUGGUCCCGGCGUGUCGGACGCGUAUUAUUGUAAAGAAUGCACGAUACAGGAGAAAGACAGAGACGGAUGUCCCAAGAUAGUCAACUUAGGAAGUUCAAAGACAGAUCUCUUCUAUGAAAGGAAGAAAUAUGGAUUCAAAAGAAGAUAAUUACACUUUUUCUGUAUAGAAUUUUUCCUAAAAUAAUAUUACAAGAGCAUCAGCUUCGUAUCGAACCAUCUGUAGCCUAUAACAUCCGUCUUCUUCCUGCGUAUAAUGGAAGCGUUUGUGUCCGCUGGGCAAUUGCAAUCGAUGGGCUUCUAUAAGAUGCUUUGUCAAUCUAUAACUCUUUCGAUAUUUAAUCGGGCAUUCGUGACAACAGUACCAUCGCACCGCUAAACUAUGUACUCGUUCUAAGUGCCUGUAAUAUAUUCAAUCAUCAAAUAAAGAAUAAAUCAUUAA